AUGCGCUAUGCCAUCGCCGACGGACGAAUAAGCAAGACGUGGGAGAUCGGCAUUUACAUACAAAGAUAUCCAGAGCACAGCGACAUCCAGCACAAAAUGGAGAAAGGCGACCAGCUCCCAAUCUCCGGGACUGUUCCCCGCCCGUCAAAUUCGCGCAGCAGCCGCGACCAGAGCAGCGCGUGUACGAAGCUCGUAAUACAAAUCUUCUUUGUUGUCACUGCCCUUUGCUUGGCCUGGAGGAUCAUGCAGCUCGAUAUUAUCCCCAUGCUUGCGGGAACCUAUGGCCAGUCUGCAGAUGAGCCUGCCCAGCCGCUCCAGCCCGGCGAAACCAUUUGA